CUUCCAUUGUUGUGCAAAAGCUUUUUUGUGAAGGAGACAUGAGUUGCAGAGUUGCAUACUCGGUUCGUGAACCGGUUUUCUUUCCCGUGAGGAGAAGUUUUAAAGACAGAAAACCGGUUAACGGUCCGGUUAUGUCUAAAAAACCGAACCGGUUACAAGUCGUACCGGAGAGUUCCCCUUUCGUAGCAGAGUCUGUGGGAGAAAGAGACAAUAACUGGAUUGUUAGAACAAAGAGAGCAAGUGACCUAAUCGUUAGACUUGGAGAUUCAAUCUUCAACUUGGAUAAGCUAACUAUGAUCUCAAAAUCUGGAUUCUUGAACAGACAAGUUUCACAGAUGACCCCUGAUGUUGUUCAUAUAGACAACUUCCCAGGUGGGCCUGAAACUUUCGGAAUAAUCGUGAAGUUCUGCUACGGUUCGAAGAUCGAAAACACGAUUUCUCCAAAGAACAUCGUACAGAUGUACUGUGCAGCUCGGUUUCUAGAGAUGACGGAGGAUCUUGGAACAGGAAAUCUUGUCAGAAAGGCAGAAGAUUUCCUGUCUCUUCUGAUGUUUUCUUCCACUUGGAAAGACUUGUUUCUUGUCCUCAGAAGCUGCGAAUCGGUUUCUCCUUGGGCCGAGACGUUUGGAGUGGCGAAACGAUGCGCAGAAGCAAUUGCUUGGAAUGCUUAUGUGAAUCCAAAAGAGUGUGUUCAAGAGAAACUUGAAAUGGAAACCGAAGAUUGGUGGUUUGAAGAUGUAUCAUGCUUGAGAAUUGAUCAUUUCAGUGAAGUGAUUGGAUUUCUCAAGAAGAAGGGGAUGAGGUCGGAGAUCAUCAUAUCAUGUAUCGCGCGGUGGACUUCUCGAUGGUUCUCGAGGGUGAUCCCGAGGAGCAACAAUGGCGGCCACGGAGAGAAACCGUCUAACCAAAGGAAUACGGUCGAAACCCUAAUUAGUUUACUUCCACCACAAGAAACCUCUGCCUCCUGCAAUUUUUUGCUUCACCUGCUGAAACUAGCCCUAGCGAUCAGAAUCAGAACCGAGCUAGUGGAAGAACUCGAGAUCCGGGUUGCUUCUGUAUUGGACAAGUCCCUGGUUUCGGAUCUCAUGGUGAAAAAUCUGAAAGAGAAUGGGAGUGUUUACGAUGCUGCGAUCAUUGCUAGGGUUUUGAAGCGUUUCUUUACUUGCAAGACAAGAAAUCUCCCCGGUUCUGAAAGCCUUGCUGUCGGGAGAUUAGUGGAUGAGUACUUAUGCCGGAUCGCGAGAGAUGAGAAGCUGGAAGUGAUGGAGUUUCGGAUGAUCCUCGAAACAUUGCCUGAAAACGCAAGAUCUUGCCAUAAUAGUCUAUACCGAGCCAUCGAUAUGUAUCUCAAGACGCAUCCGGAAAUAACCGAAGAAGAAAAGCUCAGCAUCAUCAAAGCUAUGGAGUACAAUAAACUGUCAAGAGAGGCGAGGCAACAUGUGAUGAAGAAUGAUAGACUUCCGGUAGAGAUCAAUGCUCGAUUCUUACUUGUCGAGCAAGUAACUGCGACGAAAUCGAUCACAGCCGUCGGAUCGGAUUGCCAGAGGACGAAGAGUCAAGCAGCGGCAAAGGUGGGAAAGUUUAUUGAGAGAUCGGGUUCGUGGAUGAAGAAAUUGAAGAGUGACUACGAGAUAAAGAUGAUGAAGAAAGAGGUGGAGAACAUGAAGGUUCAACUUGAAAGUUUAGAAAUGUGUAAGGUGAAAAUUCAAAGACAUGUGAAAAGAUGUGUUCUUUUGGUAAAUUAAUAAAAGUUAGCUUUUAGUCUUUUGUAAA